UACUCUGCUGUGCUUCAGCUGCGUGUGCACCUCUCCAGUAUCUCUCUCUUCACGGUUAUCCAAGAGAUUGUUUAAAAAAAAAAAAAGAUCUGCAAUUAAACUGCGCGUCUGCAGUUUGGAUUUCAAAACCAGCCACAGCCAUGGAUACAGCUCGCACGCAGAACCGGAGACCAAAAUUAAUUAAAUAAGGUUUCAAAUUUCUAAUCAGUGGGCUGCACUACAGAAUGUAAAAGCUACUGCAGACAGCUUUGCUAGUUCCAUUUCAGGUACAAAGAAUCUUCUGGUGUUCAAGAUUGGUUUAUUUAUUAAGGGGGACGAACAAGGACUGCUUGCAAUGAUACAAGCGAUCCGACAAGGUCUGGGGAUUUCGUAGACCAUGGAGCACCUGCUCCUGGGUGCCUUGCUGGCGGGAUGCCUAGCGGGCAUGUCGGAGUCCUGCCCGUUCCACUGCGUGUGCCAGAACCUGUCGGAGUCCCUCAGCACGCUGUGCGCCAACAAGGGCCUCCUGUUCGUCCCCCCGAACAUCGACCGCCGGACCGUGGAGCUCAGGCUGGCCGACAACUUCCUGCUGGUGGUGGAGCCGGAGGACUUCCUCAACAUGAGCGGGCUGGUGGACCUGACGCUCUCCCGGAACACGAUCCACGAGAUCCAGCCCUUUGCCUUCGGGGACCUGUUCAGCCUGCGCUCCCUGCACCUCGACACCAACCGGCUGACGCGGAUCCAGGAAGAGGCCUUCCGAGGGCUCCUCAACCUCCAGCACCUCAUCGUCAACAACAACCAGCUGACGGACAUCUCCGGGGCGGCCUUCGACGACUUCCUCCUGUCCCUGGAGGACCUGGAUCUGUCCUACAACAACCUCCGCAAGGUGCCUUGGGAAGCCAUCCAGAACAUGGCGAGCCUCCACACCUUGAACCUCGACCACAACCUCAUCGACCACAUCAUGGAGGGCUCCUUCGCCGAGCUCUACAAACUGGCGAGGCUGGACAUGACCUCCAACCGGCUGCAGACUCUACCUCCCGACCCUUUGUUCUCCAGGUCCCAGACGGGCAUGAUCAGCCCCACGCCUUACAACGCAGUCGUCAGCCUCAGCUUUGGAGGGAACCCCCUGCACUGCAACUGCGAGCUGCUGUGGCUCAGGAGACUGGUCCGAGAGGACGACAUGGAGACCUGCGCCUCCCCUCCACAGCUGGUUUCCCGCUACUUCUGGUCCAUCCCCGAGGAAGAGUUCACCUGCGAGCCACCGCUGAUCACCAGGCACACCCACACCCUGUGGAUCCUGGAAGGCCAGAGAGCUAUGCUCAGGUGCCGGGCUAUAGGCGACCCGGAACCACUCAUCCACUGGGUGUCCCCCAAGGACCGGAUCAUGUCGAACUCCUCGCGGACGGCCUCCUACCGCAACGGCACCCUGGACAUCCUGGUGACCUCUGUGCGGGACGACGGGCCGUACACCUGCAUCGCCAUCAACGCGGCGGGGGAGUCCACGGCCGUGGUGGACUUGAAGAUCAUCCCGCUGCCCCACCGGAGCAACGGCACGGCCCACGUGGAGCAGAAGGACCCGGGGUCUUCAGACAUCACCACCUCCGCCAAGACGGGGGCGAACGGGAGCGGGGAGACGGGCAGCAGGGCUCCGGAGAAGCCGGUCAGGGUGACCGAUGUGACGUCCACGUCGGCCCUGGUCCGGUGGUUCGUCGGGAAGUCCUCCUACUAUGUGUGGAUGUAUCAGAUUCAGUACAACUGCACUGCGGACGAGAGCUUGGUAUACAGAAUCCUGCCAUCCACCAGCAAGAACUUUGUGCUGAAGAACCUGGUGCCAGGAGUGGACUAUGACCUCUGCGUCCUGGCUAUAUUCGACGACACGGUCACCUUUCUGGCCGCGACCAAAGUGAUCGGCUGCGUCCAGUUCAGCACCCGGGAUGACAACCCUCACUGCCACUCCCUGCAUGCCCACUUCCUGGGAGGCACCCUGACGGUCAUCGUAGGGGGCAUCAUCGUGGUCACCCUGCUGAUGUUCACAGUGGCGAUGAUGGUCAAGUACCGCACCUGUAGGGACGGCAGCUCCCAGCUGCCCAAAGUGACCGACGUCUACUCCCAGACCAACGGCAACCAACCGAUGCCGAACAGGAUGCUGCCUCCACCGCCAGUGAACGUGGCCUCGCUGGUACCCAAGCACGUGGCGGACAAAAAACAGCCGCCGUUCACCCCGGAGCACGAGCGCAUGGCCGCGCAUUACGGCCCCAAGCCGCAACGCAAAAGGCUCCGACCCAAGUACACGGGAGAGACGCACGGGGGCACAGCGUCGGGGGCCAAAAUCGCCCUCCCGGCGCCCGGAAGGAGUUACGGGCAGGAGAGAUCCGAUUGUAGAUCUUAUUCGGUCAAGGCAGCGCCCUUGGACAGACCGUCCGGCGCCCCCAGAGCCAAGCGAAGCUGCUCCUUCGACAUGGGUGAGAUAGCCACCGCCACCUGCUACAGCUACGCCAAGCGGCUGAGCGUGAUCUGGACCAAACGUAGCCAGUCCGUGCACGGCGGCCUGUUCUUGCGCUGCGCAGAAACGGCGGACGCCGCGGGCAACAGGGCGGGGCUCUCCAACGCGGACGAACUGGAGGAGAGCGUGGUUUAACAAUAAAACCGGAAAGGAAAACCGUACAAAACCUGGGGUGUUCUGGAAACGUGGUUGCCGCCGAGAUUCGAGAGAAAUCUGUAUCCUCGGGAGGCAACAGCAUUCAAACCUUUUUUUGACUGCCUUUCCUUUUCCAUUCACAUCCUUCAAAAGUUGAGAUUACAAUGGAUUCAGGAAGCACUGUUGCCGAUGCGGUGUACGGAUGGUGGCUGCUGCUGUUGUGUGGGGUAUAAACCUUACUAUUUCUGCCCAGUUUUAAUUCCUCUUGGAUAAUACAGAUUCUCUUUGUUGAAGCCAACAGCAAAAUCGAUAAACGAAAACAAACAAGACCAAACUUUUUUGGUUUUCUUUUACUCCGAAGAGGGAAUACAGGAGCACAUACUGGGACUUGAGAAAGAUGAGGUCAACCCAGGAGUUUGAAAACUUGAUAUGGUACAAAAUGGACUUUGGGUAUUAGUCUCAAAACGACAUCUGCAGAGUAUAUAUAAAAAAUAAAUAAAUAAGUGCUGGCCGUUUGGGUGAAGAUUAAUUGUUAAAAAAAAAAACCUUGCUGUUUUUCUUUAUAUCUGAAGGAAAUACUGGGAGACGGUAUCCAUAUUAUUGACGUCUCAUUUUUAUCCCAAAGUUAUUUAAUUUUACUGUUGACUCUGAAAAGUGCUCUCUUUCCUCUUUUUUAAAGCAAUCCCAUUGCCAACCCUUGAAUUCAUUUUCUUAGGUGCUGUAAAAUAUAGAAAGCCUUUCAGUUAACAAAUUCAGUAGAUAAGUGCGUCUUAUACCUGUAUUGAAGAAAAAAAAAAAUCAUUAAAUAAAUGAACUGCCAAGAAACUCUUAGGACUGCCUUACCAGCCUACAGUGUUGAGCUAAAAUUCAUAACAUUAUCCAAUUUUGUUUUUAUUUAAGUUUACUGGUUGUUUAAAAAAGGCAAAAGGGUUUAUCUGAAAUUAUAUAUAUAGUUUUGUUUUACUCAUCUUGGUUUGCCAAAGUUCAUGUUACCUUGACUUGAUUAUAAAAUAAUAAAAUGGUUUGGGGAACUGUG